AUGUGGCAUGUUCCUAAAAAUGCGCAAAAUACUCACUCUUUGUUAGAGCCACUCGUCUCGUUCCCAAACAACUUUGUGACUGACUUCAUUUACACCGUCUAUAACAAGCACAUUGAGCUGCCUAUGCUGAACGCAGGCAGUGAAGGUUGUAGCUGCAAAAACGAUUGUUCGGACACAUGUGACUGUGUUCAGAAGACCAUCGCAUCAUUCAGGACGUUUGGCAAGCCUUGUUCAAUCGUGUACGAAUGUGGACCAUGGUGCAGCUGCUCAUCGAAGUGCUGCAACAAGAGCUCUCAAAGGGGGAUACAGAAAAAACUUGCGAUUUUCAGGACAGAGGGCAAAGGCCUGGGCCUCCACGCAGAAGAAGCCAUUCCCAGAGGCAGUUUCGUAUGCGAAUAUGUGGGUGAGGUGCUUGAAGACAAGGGCUCGCCUUCCACUUACAAGUUUGCAAUUGGACCAGAACUUGUGAUAGAUGCAGAAAAGUACGGCAACGUGGCCAGGUUCGUCAACCAUAGUUGUGAUGGUGGCAACGUCCACAUCGAGUGUGUGUCUUAUGGUCACCAUGAUGGAAGGUUGAGGCACAUAACAAUGUUUGCCGCGAAAGAUAUUGCAGCCAGCGAAGAGUUGACAUUUCACUACUCGGGUAGUGAGGGGCGAUAUAUUUUUGAUGGAGAUUGUUGUUGCGGUUCAGAUCAUUGUUGCACGCGACUGUUCUAUGGGUGCUUUUCCAAUCUAGACAUCUUUGACUGA